AUGGCCAUCUAUCACAUACGUGUCCGGAACUAUCAUUGGGCCCAUCAUAAUAUCAUCGUCCAGUCUCCUAUUCUCAAUCUUGACACUUACGCACCAGCACUAAUAGUUCGACCUCUGGAAGGUGUUAAUUUAAACGAACCUCGGAUCAUAAAUAACGUCUCUGAACUGAAUGACGAUAUUUUGGAAGACGAGUAUCAGGCCGAGGCACAUGGCGUAUUCAUCUCCACGGACCAGCAGAGAACCGGCCACUUCCCCGUCUGGGUGACCGUACAUGGUCACGAGUGUGGGAAGAACGAGGUCCAUGUUGUUAACUUGACAGCGUUUGAAGCCUCCAGUGUUUCCAUAACAGACGUUUGCUGGAUUCCCUGCUUGGAAGCUCCUGAUGGCAGCUUAUAUACGGCCAUCGGGGCUCCACGGAAAACCUUCAGAACGACACAGGUUCUAGCUAUCAUCCAGCAAUUAGGGAAACCCAGAGAGGCCAGAUUAGUUCUUGUCGACCCGGGUCAGCUCGAUAGCUACAAGAAGAUUGGUGACGACCAAAAAAAGAACAUAUUUGAUAUUCAACAUACAGCCGUCCGAACGAAUUCUAGGCCUUCGGAACCCCUUCUAGACGCUUACCGCGUAUUUGCUUCUCCCUAUAGACAUGACUAUGGCCGACUUACAUUAGCGGAAAUUAUAGAAGAAGAUCUUGAGAUUCCUCGAUCCUCUAAUUCCGACUGCAGCUCUCAAGGUCUAUCGGAUAGCUCGGAUGACGAUGAUUCUCUUUAUGCCAAACCUAGAUACGUUUCAAUAGUAGACGCCAAAACUCGUCCGUAUAACUGCGAUUGUAAAUACGCUGAUCUGUUCCCUACGUGUUUCAACCCGCGCCCGAGCCACCGGCAUCGUACAGAUGACGAGUGCUUUCUCGGAUCAAGCCACAUCAAGCACUGUAUAUUCACGGACCACCGACCAGAUUGCAUCAUCUCCGGCUCAAAGGAGAUCCAUGAACACUGCAUCCCCGCUCCUCCGUGGGAGGUACAUCAACCCGACUCGGAGGGAUCCUUCGAGGAAUCUUAUAGCGCGGGCGCCGACAUGCCGUUCGAAGAGGGGGAAACGGAUAUAAGCGAUGCUCUUAGCCCUACGGAUUCCGAAUCGACCGCCACCGACUUACUAUUCAUGGAUUUCUAG